GAGAAUUGUACUCUGUUCUUUUGUCAGGUUUGGUUUAUGGGAGACUAAGUGGCAUCACAAAGCACACGGCAAAGAGUGAUAUUGUCAAUUUGCUUGAGGGUUGUAACCUGGUUCUGGAUGAUAUCAAAGUUGAAUACAGUCGAAAUUAUAUGCCAACUUCAAUAAUGGUGCAAUUCCCUUCUCGAAAUGCUUAUAAUGCCGCUCUUCGGGCAAUUAGCAGGAAUGGUCGUUUGAUUAGAUUGGAAAGGGCUGACCGAACCCAGUGGGAUCUUAUUGCUCCCUUUGAUGGAAAAGCGAUUUUGCUACAAGGAAUUCCUCGCAAUGCAUUACCCGAUGAUAUUGAGCGCUUCCUUACUGGUUGUCAAUAUGAUGCAUCUUCCAUGCAGAUAUUUCUGAGGCAAACAAACCAAGGACCCAUUAGAAUG